GCAUUUAUAUUUUCCAUUUUAGGUUUAUAUCCAAUCGCGAACGAUGUCUUUUCCCGAUAAAGAGCAAAGAAAGACUUGUUGGGACUCCAGGGAUCGUUACUGGGAGUGUUUAGAUAAGCAGAAUAUAAAAGACAGCUCCUAUAAACCCAAAGAGUGUUUGGAGUUAAGACAGCUAUUCGAAAAGUCGUGCCCCACACAGUGGGUCUCACACUUUGAUAGGAAACGGGAUUUUAAUGUGUUUAAAGAGAAAAUGCAGAAGGAAGGAUAUGAACCUAUAAAAGAACAAUAAAGAUUAAUGUUUAAUUGUAAAUGUUAGAUUUUGAAUAGUAAAUUAUUUUUUGUUGCAA